UUACCAUCCCUAGUCCAACGAAGUAUUGGGGUGUUUGGGAAAUGUUCGAUAUUUGCGUAGAAAUUUUCAAAGUAAAACGAAAAACAAUGUAUUAAAGUUGCAAUUAAUUACUGCUAAAGGAGUGGUCAACAUACAUUGCAAUCGUGUAUCCAAAACGCAACAAACGCAUUCGCAUUAGGUGGCGCCAGUGUUAAACUGUAUGUGCGUGUAUAUCCAAACCAAAGAAAAUUGAAAGAAAAAGCAAGACCCAGCGCAGAAGAUGUGUCUAUACUACGGCCUAAAUGAAUGAAAUGUGAAGUGUGUGUGUAUAUGUAGGCGAAGGCGAUACCAGCUAACUGUGCAUGUGUGCAUGCGUGCGUGUGUAUGUGUGUGCGAUAGUAUGUGUAUGCGUAUUCGCCUAACGCUCGCAUCUGUGUGCGUGUGCUUGUGUGCUGCACACUGAAAGAAUCAAUAAAGGAUGUGGUGUGGAUUUUUGCAGCAGCAGAACCAGAAGCAGGAGCAGGACCAACGAAAACCAACAAAAACCAAAUAAAAAAACCAACGACAACAAAAACAAAGCACCGCAGCAAAGAAUAAAUUGUAACAUUUAAUUUUUUUGCGAUAGUUUUGAACACAGUAAAACUUGUAACGGUAAAUGUUGCAAAAAGAAAAUUUGAUAACUGUAAUAUGUGUGGCUGUAGUGAAUAGUGAAUUGUAAAGCGAAAAAAGAAGAGCGCAAGAGUGCGUGUGCGAAAAGGAAAUUAAGAAAAUUAACAAAAUUAAAGAAAAUCGAAAUUAAACUUCAGUCARUCAAUCAAUCAAUCAGCGCAACAUGAAGUGCUGCGUAAUAAUUACGACGCUAAUGCUGCUGUCCAUUGCACGGCACAUUGGCACUGUCGAGGUGCAUUUCGAAGCACCUGACAGCGGCUUCUUCCUGAAGCACGCCCGUCAACCACCUGUGACGCCGGAGAUUGCCAACAUCCAGACCUCCUCCUCGGUGCCGCCCCUGAAGUCACGCCCCUCCUAUGAUUCCGUCUUAUCCCUAGAUCGCUUUACCGUCGUGGAGACCACACAACCCGUCUCUAUACGUGCCAGCUACGGCCCGUUCUCGACCAAGCAAACGGUGCCCGCUCGCUACAUUGUGCCGGACACCAUGGAAACCAAUCAGGCGGGCGACUAUGUGAACAAUUCGACGGCCACACUGCUGGAGUUGCAGCAGCCGAACAUGCACCUGGACAUCUCGGCGCACUUGGUGCGCGCUAGUGUCUCGCAGGAUUCGCCAGUGCUGCGUGUCCUCUUCCAUGCUGGCGCCGAUCCGGGCGGUCAUUUGCAGCGACAGAAGGUCUGCGUGCUGCUCCACGUAGCCAUGCCCAAUGAGCAACCAUUGAAGGGACGUUGCAUGCCCGAAGGCGAGGACGGCGUUUGUGUGGCCGAGGUGGUCAUUCCACUGAACUGGUGGCCAGCUCUGCCAGCACCUAGGCACAGUCGCGAGGGCAGCGGCAACAGCGGCGCGGACGGACAGCCACAAUUGCCGCCCAAGGUGCCGCAGCGCUACGCUCAGGUCUCCUACAGCGUCUUCGAACCACCAGUGCGCAAUCCGGAGCAAUGUGAGCCGAAGGUCCAGAUACAGCCGCUGACAACAUUUGCCCAGGUGCCGCUGCUGGCAGCCAAGACAUCGUUCAAAGAGCUACGAGCGGAUGAUUCGGUUACGUUCCUGUUACCCCAACAUCCCCUAUAUCCCAUGUCCAAGUUGCACGUGCCCGUCUUUCUGCAUCAGUAUGCGGAUCAGGAGCAGCGCGUCGCUGCAUUUACAGUGCGCGCCCGGGUCAAGGCCGGGCUACGCAUCUUGGGCGCCAGCGCCUCCAGCGACCAGUGGAGCAUUAGCAUUGAGAAGGAGAAUCCCAAGCAUACGACAGCGCGAGUCACAGCCUUCCGCAAAGAAGUCGACUCGUCCUCCUCAUCCUCGGCCACAUCCAGCAUGGAGAACAGAGGCAGCUACAACAGCAGCGGCAGCAGCAACAGCAAUGAGGUCUACGAAGUCUUCUCCUGGCUGCUCGAGGUCGCCGACGACUCCAACGACAUUGUGGAUGGCGGAAAGAUCGUGUGGUCAGUCACCCAUGUCUAUGACACGCCUAAGGACAAGGAUUCCGCCGAGCUGAUUGCCACAGAUGACACAAAGAAGCGCUUGAUUGCCAAGCUGGAGAUCAACAAGGAUGACAUUCAAGCAGUAUUGCCCAUGGCCAAGAUCUGGGAGGUGAUGAACACAGCGGUGCUCACUGGCCGCCAGGUGGCCCAGGCCAUGAAGGUCUUCAUUGUCUCGCAGGCGGGCAAAGUGGCUGAUGUUACCCUGCAGAGCUCCUGUCAUGCCGAGGACGAGAGCGUCAUCAAGGUCUCCUCGUCGUGCAGCUCCGUUUACGUUGAUGGCUCCGAGCAGCGCGGCUCAUCCAAUGCGUCGGUCAUUGUUAAGUAUGGUACCUAUGUGGGCGUGGCCAAGUUCAUUGUCUGGAUGCCCGAAUUUCCGCUUGAGGUUUACAUAGCCGACUUUCGUCUAUCCCAAAUCAAGGGCUGGAAAGUAACCGAUGACAGCCAUUAUCUCCACAACAAGCAGUCGAGGCGUCGCAAGAAGCGCUCGUAUAUGUGGAACCAGCACGGCACCAGCUACUACAACAAUGUGGGCGCCGACAAGAGCAUCUGUCGCGCACGCUACCAGCAGAGCCCUGUGGAGGUCUACGCCAAGUUUCUGGCCAUCGAUCAGAACUCUGGGCGCACCAGCUACUUCAUUUCACGUCGAACUGGACUGCGUGUGACGGAUCUGGUGCAGCCGCUGCUGCGUGUUGCUGAUCCAAAGAUCGCCUCGCUGAAGGGUCGCAUACUGCAGGGCAAGUCGAUGGGUCGCACCGAUGUCCAGGUGCUGUCGCCCAUUACGGGCCGUGUCAUUGGCACCAAGGAGAUACGCGUUGGCAGCGACAAGGUGAGUCUCUCCCGUCUCAUUGUGCGCGUCAUCUCCGGACUACAGCUGACCAUUACGCCGGAGAAUGCCAUCGAGAACGGCUAUCUGGCAGAGACGUCCGUCACACACAAGCUGACGGCCCAGUAUCAGGAGGGCUUGCUGGACAUCGAUCUGGAGUUCAAUGAUGGCUCAAAGACGCCUUUGCGCGACAUUGCUGUGGAGGAUUACUUCCUGCUGGUGGAGAGUCUCGAUACGGAAGUGGUGGCCUUUGCCCCCAUGCUCGCCUCACAUCAUCCGCGCGUCAUCGCCGUGGGCGAGGGCAAUGGCAAUCUGCUGCGCGUUACGCUCUUGCUCUCCGAGGAAUGUCGCAUGCGACGCGGCCCCGGCGGCUCCUCAUCGAGCAGUUCCAAGCCGAACAAACCGAACGCGGCCCCAUUAGCCAGCGCCCUGGCCUCCAUCGAGGUGGACUUCAACAAUGUGGACAUUGUCAGCAAACAGGAAUCGAUACAGAACGACGGCACAGUGGGACGCGAGCGCAAGAACUAUCGCAACACGGGAGACUUGGCUGACAUUAUAGUUGGAAUUCCGCUGCGCGACUCCAGCCAACAGUACGAGCCGACGGUGCAGGCGCGUCAGCACCGGGCGAGCAUUCAGGCAGUGCACAAGUCGCACUACGGCAAUCGAGGCGGCUUGGGCAGUGGCAACAUGUCCUCCAUGGAGCUGGGCAUGUAUGUGCUCCUGACAGCCUUCUGCUUUGCCAUUAUUGUGUUUGUCAUCUCGUGCGUGGUUUAUGCGUCGAAAUUCCGGCCAGCCAUGAUUGAAUCUGGUCUCGAUCCGCUCAGCUCCGGCAAUGGCAAUGGCAAUGGCAACGCUGGCGGUUUCCGUGACGUACGCCUCAAGGAGUCCACCACCAAUGCCCACGACUGGGUCUGGCUGGGACGCUCCACCAUCGAUAGGCAAUCGGUGGCAAUGAACGACACCAACACUCCGCAACCGCAGCCGCAGCAGCAACAUGUGAAUGCACGCGACUCUCGCAUGCGCAUCACCAGCAAUCCGAUUAUCAACUACGACAAUGGACGGCGCGUCAGCUCCUUUGACCAGCCGCAGCCCAAGCUGCAAACGCACAUUGUGCCCGCGUCCAAUCUCAACAAGAUUCACGCCGAACACUAUCUGUCCAAUGACCGGAAGGACGCUGCCCUGGACUACAAGCCCCCAGUGCCGCCGCACCGCAAUGUGGGCACACGCGCCAUGUUGCCGCCACAGGCGGCACCCGUUAAGGACAAGGAGUUGAUGAACAAGCGACACAGUCAGCUCUACAAACGUGAGCAUUUGCAAAACAACGAGAACAACAAUGCGACGCAGCAACAGCCGCAUUUGUCGCUGCAACAGCAGCAACAACAACAACAACAUCAGCCGCCGCACCCACAGCCGGAACGUCAGCCAACGCAUCAGCAUCACCCGGAACGUCAGCAUCAGCGCAGCCACAGUCAUAGCCACAAUUUUAUCCAAGAGCCAGCGCUCAGAGCCGCACACUUGAAACUCAAACAGCAUCAGCAAAUGCAACAGCAGCAGCAACAGCAACAGCAACAGCAGCAGCAGCAGCAGCAACAACACGAGGAGUUGCACAAUGCUGAGAAGCUAGUGGAGUAUACAAAUCCGCAUCAGAAGAAUGCAUUUCAAUUCGAUUCGCUAACACCAAAGAGAGUAACCAAAGCAGCAAAUGCUGCUGGACCAGCUUCAGCAGCAGCAGCAGCAGCAGCAGCAGCAUCAGCCGCCGUACCAACAGCACCAACAGUUGCAGGCAACAAAAUAUCGCCAGCUGUAAUACAAAUCAAGGAGAAUCACAACCACAGCAUUUUGAGCACUGUUGCGGAUGCGGCCAAUUCGAAUGCCACUGAUGAGAUUGCCCGGCUGCCGACAUCGUCCGGUCACACGGUCACGCCCGUUAGCAGUGAGCCAACAACAAAAUCGUCGCGGGUCAAACGGGCCACAGUUGUUGGCAAUCCGAUGUUCUCGUCCGCCGUGGAUGAUACGCUGGCACCGGGCGAACGUUUGGGUCUCGAUGAUCUCGACAUGGACUACGAGCAGAUCAUGCACUAUUUCGACAACCUAAAGGAGUCAAAUGCCUGAGUACAGGAGAUCAUUGCUAAAAUUCGCGAGAUAUUGUCAACAUUUCAACAACGAUAUCAGAAUGUCGUUACACCCCUACCAACGCCCACGCGAAAGCAGAUCCAAAUGCUCGACGAGCUCGUCGCCGUUGGAGUCGAUGUUGGAAUUGGAGUUGAGAAGAA